CGAAUCACGCAACCUCAAAAUGGCGGCAUUAAAAAUGGAACCUUUUUCGAUGAAUGGAAAUGUUGCAGAAAAUUGGCGACGGUGGAAGACAGAUUUUUCCAACUAUCUAAUUGCAAAUGAAUUAGAUGAAAAAUCUGAUAAACGAAAAAUUGCAGUUUUCCUCAUGACUUGCGGUGAAGAUCUAAAGUGCAAAUUUGCACAACUCGAAGUUGAACCUGUUCUUCCCGCCACUGAAGUUAAGUUUGAACAAGUCCUGGCUAAAUUUGAUGACUUCUUUAAAUCAUUUUCUAAUGAAAUCUUUUCUAGUUAUUUAUUUUGGAACUCAAAUUUUAGACAACUUCCAGAAGAAAAUUUGAUGUGUUCUAUAACAAAGUCAAACAACAUGCUAUCGACUGCAAUUUUGGCAAUUCGCUAUCAAGAAACAUUCGGGAUAAAUUGCUUAUUGGUAUCUCAAAUUCUGCCUUACGCGAGCGCCUUAUGCGUGAAAAAACUCCAUCCGAAAAAAUUGUUGUAGAGCAGUGCCGAAUAAGUGAGUUAUCUCAUAGCCAGUCAAAUUGCAUGUCCUCUGCCAGUGUAGAAAAUCAAGAAGUUUCUAUAGAUUUCAUAAAAAAAAGAAAAUUUCAAAUAAAGAAUACAAACCAAAAUCAGACAUGCAACAAGUGUGGACGGCUGCACGAUCCCCGGCGUUGUCCAGCCUAUGGUGAUGAGUGUAAUAAUUGCGGCAAAUUGAAUCACUGGGCAAAGAAAUGCAGAAGCUCGCCGAAAUAUAAAAAAAACCUUCUAGAAAAUAAAAAUAACUACAACCACGUCCAUCAGAUUCAGACUGGCAAUGACAACCAUGAUGAGGGUGAAGUUUUUACAAUCUCCACAUUAGCUGGCAAAACCGAAUGUUCUUCGAAAGACUGGUCGGUGAAUGCAUUUAUAGAUGGAAAUCUGAUUAAUUGUAAACUUGACACAGGAGCUCAGUCAAAUGUUAUUUCUGUUAAUUGUUUGCAGCAAUUUAAAAAUAAACCGAAUGUGCUUACAACCAAGGAUAUUUUGAAAGCAUUUGGAGGUUCAGUAAUUAAAUUGGUUGGCCAAUGUUAUUUGCAAGUUGAACUCAAUGGAAUCAAAUGUAAGCAGCGAUUUUUAGUCACUUAUCUGGAUGUAAAAACUAUUCUUGGACUUGAGGCAUGCAGAUAUUUUAAGCUCAUUAAUAAAAAAAAUAUAUGUGAGCUUGUGUUCAACAACAAUCAAAUAAAAGAAAAUCCAGAAUCCAUUAUCACUGAGUUUGCAGACGUGAUUGAAGGCCGUGGUUCAUUAAAACCAGUUAAAAAACACCUAAAGGAGAAUGCGGUUCCACAUAUUGCUGCAGUAAGACGAAUUCCAAUUUCAUUGCAUGAACCAGUUAAAAAAAAAUUAGACUAUCGAACCACCGCAACUAAUGGUCUUAAAUCUCAAGCCGCGAACCUCAAAACAAAACCUUAUAAAGAAUAUUGUGUGAAGGACACAGCAUGGUUUCGCAAAAAUAAUAAAACUCCUUGGACAACAGGAAAAAUUGUUAAAAAAAAAUCGAGUCGCCGUUAUGUUAUUAAAACAAUUGAUGACAAAUUUUUCACAAGAAAUAGUGUGUACAUUCGUCCUAACAAAUUUCCAGAAAAAAGCGUUGAUAAAGAUUACAGCAAAAGUUUUGCAUCUCCUGAAGACUAUUACACCACCGCUUCGCCUGGAGCUCAAUUUUUAGAAGAAGAACCGACUUGUUCUUCAGCGAAACAGUGUUCUUCUAACAAAACUUCAUUAAUUGAUAGAAGCAUUUAUCAAGCGAUUUCAUCUAAAGCAAUAAUUGAUAAUUCAGAUUCUAUAAUGAGUAUUAAAUUACUAUUUCCAGAUAUGAAAACAUCGAAAGCCGUACCUGAUAUACUAGCAAAUUCAAACUCUCAACCUAUACCGGACAUUCCUGAACAACCAAGCGGUUCGAAGAGGGUAAUAAAACCAAGAGUCAAAUUAAAGGAUUAUGAUUUAAGUAUUGACUAAAAAUGUAUGUUUAAUCAAUUUAUUAUAAAAGGGGCGUGUCAUGUCAUGUCAUAUGUCAUGUCGUGUAUAAACAUAAUGUAAACUUACAAUCGAACAGAAACAAAAGAUCUCAUGUAAAACCUCGAAUAAAAACUGACAAUUCAUUCUGACUACACGUGUUAAACUAACAAGAACUAAGGCCCAAUUUAUU